AUGGAAGCAGAGAAGGGGACCGCGCUGGUCCAAAGUCUUCCUGCAGAGGUCACAGAAGAGGCCGAGCUUUCUUUCCAGUUCACGAAGCAGGAACAUGCCCUCGGUUGGUGGGAUGCCAUGCGUCUACACUACCCCGCCAUUGGCUGGGGACUUUUCAUGAAUACAGCAACCGUAUUGAAAGGCAUUGAUGGUGGCAUCGUCCGCAGCCUGGUUGGCCUUCCCGUCUUCAAGGAAACAUUCGGCUACAACCAUGACGGCAAAUACAUCAUCGCCGCGCAAUGGCUCUCGGCUUUUGGGUACGCCAAUCUCAUCGGUGCAAUUGUAGGCGCCCUCUGUUCCGGCAUUGCAUAUGAGCGCUUAGGACCGCGGCGAAUGACUGCCGGAUGCUGCGUCCUAUCGAUCGCAUUCAUUUUCAUCCAAUUUUUCAGCCACACACCGGCGCAGCUGUUCGUCGGCGAACUCAUCAAUGGGUGCAUCAUCGCCUUUUACCCCAUUUGUGCGUCGGCAUACGUCGGCGAAGUAACCCCACUAGUGCUACGUGGGUUCGCAGCCACCAUGACCAAUCUUGCUUUCUCGAUCGGCUCUCUGAUCGCCUCGGGUAUUCUCAAAGGAACAGAGUCAAUGGAUAGUCAGUGGUCGUAUAAGAUUCCUAUCGCAACGCAAUGGGCUUUACCCUGCAUCAUGCUGAUCCUUGUUGGCUUCUGUCCCGACCCACCAUACUGGUUGUGUCGCAAGGGUCGCUAUGAGGAAGCCGCAGUAUCACUACGCCGUCUUGCUACUCCCACUGUUGAUGUAUCGCAAAAGCUGGCACAUAUCAAGGAGACCCUGCGUCUAGAAGAAAGCUACCAGGGUGAGCGACCUACCUAUCUCGACUGUUUUCGGGGAACCAACUUCCGCCGCCUGGUGGUCUGCGUCAUGGCAUAUGACAUGCAGGCCUUUACCGGCAACGUUUUCUUUCUUACCUACGCAGUGCAUUUCAUGGAGUUGGCUGGUUUGGAUGCAUCUGAUGCAUUUUCGAUGAACAUCGGGCUGACGGCACUCGGCCUUCUGGGGACAUGCAUAUCGUGGUUUCUCCUUUCAUAUAUCGGUAGACGAACGAUGUAUCUGUUCGGAUGUACCUCGCUCGCCAUCGUGCAGUUCAUCAUCGGAGCCGUCGACCUUGCUCCGCGACAGACAUCCACUAAGUGGGCGCAAUGCGGCUUGAUGUUAGCCUGCACCUUCGUAUAUGACCUGAGCCUUGGCCCUUUCUGUUAUGUGCUGCUGGCAGAGGUUUCGUCGGCCAAACUUCGUGGACUCACAAUUGCACUUUCUACAGUGACUUGUUUUUUCUGGUCGGUCGUCUUUGCAGUGGUAAUUCCGUAUGCGAUGAACGAGGAUCAGGGAAACUGGCGCGGCAAGAUUGGUUUCCUAUUCUCUGGGCUUAGCGUUCUUUGCACUGUGUAUUGUUUCUUGUGCAUGCCAGAGACUAAGGGUCGGACGUUUGAAGAGCUUGAUAUUCUUUUCGAGCGCAAAGUCCCGAGUCGCAAGUUUAAGUAUUAUAAAGUGAACAUCGACGUUGGCGGGAGGCGAUUAGAAUGA